AUGGCGCCUACUGCUACCGACGUCCGCAACAACGAAGGCAUCGCCAACUACACCAAGUUCUGGCAAAAGGACUCUAAGGAUGACUCUGCUACCGACAUGGCCAAUCGUCUCUCCGAGUACACCUCGGUCGUGAACGGCUACUACGAUGGCGCCACCGAUCUCUACGAGUACGGUUGGGGUCAGAACUUCCACUUUGCUCGCUACUACCCCGGUGAGGCCUUCAUGCAGGCCAUCGCGCGCCACGAGCACUACCUCGCUCACCAGAUGGGCCUCAAGCCCAAGAUGCGUGUUCUCGACGUUGGUUGUGGUGUUGGCGGACCCGCUCGCGAGAUUGCUCGUUUCGCCGAUGUCAACAUUGUUGGUCUCAACAACAACGAGUACCAGAUCCAACGUGCUCGCAAAUACACGGAAAAGGCUGGCCUUUCCGCUCAAGUCGAAUUUGUCAAGGGCGACUUUAUGAAGCUUUCUGAGCAGUUCGGCGAGAACAGAUUCGACGCCUUCUACGCUAUCGAGGCCACCUGCCAUGCACCCAACUUUGAAGGCAUUUACGGAGAGAUCCUAAAGGUUCUCAAACCUGGAGGAAUCUUCGGCGUUUACGAAUGGUGCAUGACCGACGCUUGGGACCCCACCAACCCUGAGCACAAGCGAAUCGCUCACGGUAUCGAGGUCGGUGACGGUAUCCCCGAGAUGCGAUCAAUCCAGAAUGCCCGAAAUGCGCUCAAGUCUGUCGGCUUCCAGAUCCAGCACGAGGAGGACCUUGCUGACCGCGGAGACAAGAUCCCCUGGUACUACCCUAUUGCUGGCAGCUUGAGCCAUUGCCAAACCGUAUGGGACUACUUCACCGUUGCUCGUAUGACCAAGAUUGGACGAGCCACAACCCAGGGUGCUGUCAAGUUGCUCGAGACUCUUCGUCUCGUGCCUCAGGGCACCCACUCGGUCGGUGCCUCGCUCGUUACCGCUGCCGAUGCUCUCGUCGACGGUGGUCGUACCAAGCUCUUUACCCCAAUGAUGCUGUUCGUCUGCCGCAAGCCGUCGUCAAACUAA